UGAAUAAUAAUGAAAAGCUUGGCAUAAGAAAACACAAAUGUCGUUAUCUUACUGGAACUUGUUCUAAUAUUUUAUUACCAACACUACCACGUUUGACCUGCGAAAGCGAAGACUUGCAACCAAAAGAGAAAGAAUUUUGUUGUGAUUUCUUUCUGAACUAAGAAACUAAUGGAGGCUAUUCAAAUUCAGAAAGAAAAACUCUUGUCACUCUCAACUUUUGUGAAGGUGUUGUUAGAAAACAAAGUUUUCACUUUGUUGGUUGAUAAGUUCAGGAGGCCCGAGGUUUUGAAAAAGAUGAAGAAAACACUGUCUGAUCUUCAAGAUGUACUGCUUUGUCAUGAUCUGGAAAAAGUCAUUCCUAAUCCAGAUGUCAACCAAUCACUGGAUUUGCUCAGACAUGCUGUCUUUCACGUUGCUUUUGCCUUCAAGGAACUCAACUUUUCAUGGUAUGGUACCUCAAGUUUAGAAUAUUGCAUUUAUGUGAUUGAUUCCAAUACAAUAAAUUUAUUUGAAAUAUUACAAGGCAUCAGUUCAAAUUCUAGUACUGUUGAUUCCCAUGAAACUCCUCCAACUAGUUCUUCUAUUUUGGAUGCUGAAUCUUCUAUUUAUGGAAGAGAUGCUGAUAUUAAAAAACUUAAACAUCUUUUGUUGUCUAGUGAUAGUGAUGGUGAUAGUAAAGUAAGAGUGAUUUCCAUUGUUGGUAUGGGAGGGGUUGGUAAAACAGCCCUUGCUAAACACCUUUACAAUCAUCCACAAGUUAAGGAUAAAUUCGAGUUAAAACUGUGGGUAGAUUUCUCAACUGAUGUUAAUGAUUUGAGUGUUUUCGAAAACAUUCUUGGAUCUAUCACUUCACAAACAACCACUAAUGAUACAACUCACAUCAAUACCAUUUACCCAAGUUUUUUGCUGGUAUUGGAUGGAGUGUGGGAUGCAAGAUCUGUCAAUUGGACAUUACUCAUGGAUAUCUUUAAUGCUGCAGGGGAAACUCAAAGUAAGGUCAUCGUCACAACACGAGAUGAAAGAGUUGCACUAUCCAUGCAAACCUUUCUUUCUCUCCACUAUCUCAGACCCUUGAAAGUUGAAGAUUGUUGGUCUAUAGUUGCCAAUCAUGCAUUUGGAGAACCUAGCUACCAACGAUAUAAUCGAGAAAAAAUUGGCAGGAAAAUAGCUAAGAAGUGUGAUGGACUACCAUUAGCUGCAAUAGCACAUGGGGCUCUUCUUCGCAUGUUAUUCUUCCCAAGCAACUUGAAUCAUGUGCUAGAAAGUCACGUUCGGGAAAGAGCUUAUCAGGUGCUAGCUUCUCUCAAAUUGAGCUACAAUUUUCUUUCUGAUCCUUUAAAACGAUGUUUUGAGUAUUGUUCAAUUUUUCCAAAGAAAUCCAUCUUAGAAAAGAAGAUGGUAGUUCAUUUGUGGAUUGCAACAGGCUUAGUAGAAUCAUCAUCGUCCAAAUAUCCAGAAAAAGUUGGAGAAGAAUACUUUGAUGAGCUAGUGUCAAGGUCGUUGAUACAUCGGCGAUCUAUUGGAGAUGAUGAGGAAAGAAAUUUUGAAAUGCACGACUUAAUCCAUGAUGUGGCUAGAGAGGUUUCAUCUCCAUACUGUAUCAAUAUGGACAAACAUAACCUACAUGAUAGGGUGCAUACCUUAUCAUACAAUAGAGAGGCAUAUGAUUCAAAUGAUAAAUUUUAUAAAUUAUCCAAAUUAAACGGCCUGCGUACUUUUGUAGCAUUACCAUUACAAGAACAAUUGCCUCUUUGUUUGCUAUCAAAUAAGGUACUACAUGACUUGCUGCCAACAAUGAUACAAUUACGCGUGUUGUCUCUGUCAAGCUACAAAAGUAUCACCAAGGUUCCUGACUCUAUUGGAAAUUUGUUAUACAUGCAGUACUUAAAUCUUUCUCACACUAAUAUUGUAAGGUUGCCUUCUGAAAUAUGCAAGCUUUACCGUUUGCAGUUCUUGUUGUUGGCAGGCUGUAAAAGGUUCACUGAAUUGCCGAAGGAGAUGGGAAAAUUGAUUAAUCUGCGCUACCUUGACGUUAGUAACACCGCGUUGAGGGAGAUGCCCGUACAAAUAGCCAAACUAGUAAAUAUCCACACUUUGUCUGACUUUGUUAUCAGCAAACAUAAUGGUGGAUUGAAUAUUGCACAUCUAGGAAAAUUUCUCCACCUACAUGGAAAACUUUCAAUCUCACAGCUACAAAAUGUUAAUGAACCCUUUGAAGUAGAUCGAGCCAAUAUAAAGAUGAAAGAACAAAUAGACGAGUUAGCUUUGGAAUGGGAUUGUGAUAGUACUACUUUAGAUUCACAAAUUCAAAAUGUUGUGCUUGAAAAGUUGCGACCCUCAACAAAUUUGAAAAGUCUAACCAUCAAAGGCUAUGGUGGAAUCAGCAUUCCGAAUUGGUUGGGUGAUUCUUUAUUUAGCAACAUGGUGUAUUUAAGGAUCUCGAACUGUAAUGAUUGUUUAUGGCUUCCACCCCUUGGAAAAUUGGGAAAUUUGAAAGAACUCGUUAUUGAAGGGAUGCACUCAGUGGAGACAAUUGGCAUUGAGUUCUAUGGAAGUGGUGAUUCUUCGUUUCAACCAUUUCCGUCUUUGGAGAGUUUACACUUUGAGAAUAUGCAAGAGUGGGAGGAAUGGGACUUGAUUGGAGGUACAGCUACAAUGUUUCCUAGUCUAAAAACUUUAUUGCUAAGUAAGUGCCCGAAACUGACAGUAGGAAACCUAACUGACAAAUUUUCUUCCUUAACUAAACUUGAGUUAAGAGAAUGUCCUUUAGUGGUUCAAUCAAUGCCAUUAUUUGAUCAUGUAUUCAGGCAAUUGAUGCUGCCUUUGAACUCUCUUCAACAGCUGACUUUAGACGGCAUUUCAUCUUCAUUGUCUUUUCCAAGAGACGGUCUAGCAAAAACCUUGAAAUUUCUCAUAAUAACUAAUUGUGAAAAUCUAGAGUUCCUUCCUCAUGAAUACUUGUCCAAUUACACAUUGCUUGAGGAACUGAAAAUAUCUUAUAGCUGCAAUUCAAUGAUAUCAUUUACCUUGGGUGCUCUCCCUAUCCUCAAGAGUCUGUUUAUUGAAGGUUGUAAAAAUUUGAAAUCAAUAUUAAUUGCAGAAGAUGCGUCACUAAAGAGUCUCUCAUUUCUUAAAAGCAUCAAAAUAUGGGAUUGUAGCGAAUUGGAGUCAUUUACCCUAGGUGGAUUGGCCACUCCAAAUCUUCGCUAUAUUGCAAUAUGGAAGUGUGAGAAGCUUCAUUCACUGCCAGAAGCAAUGAACAAUCUAGCCGGCCUUCAAGAAAUGGAAAUUGAUAAUCUACCAAAUCUUCAAUCUUUUGUCAUAGAUGAGUUGCCUGGUAGUUUACAGAAACUGUCUGUUGGCUCUGUUGGUGGGAUUAAGUGGAGUACUGAGCCAAGUUGGGAACAUCUCACUUGUCUCUCGGUGUUGCGAAUUAACGGUGAUGAUAUGGUGAGCACAUUGAUGAGGCCAUUGCUACCUACAUCGCUUGUGACACUAUGCAUUUGUGGUCUUAAUGAUACAAGCAUUGAUGAGAAGUGGUUUCAACGUCUGACUUCUCUCGAAAACCUUGAGAUUAUUAAUGCUCCAAAACUCAAGUCAUUGCCAAAGAAAGGAUUUCCUUCCUCUCUCUCAGUGCUUAGUGUGACUUGCUGUCCAUUACUGGAAGCAAGUUUGCAGAAAAAGCGGGGGAAAGAGUGGCGUAAGAUUGCUCACAUUCCCUCCAUAAUUAUUGAUGACGAAUUGAUCACAUGAGUCUUGUUCGGCCUGUUUGCAGAUCAACCAGGGGGCUCAAAGGGGCACGGGUGACUGGAACCAAGAUGGAAGCAGUGGCAUCUGAGGACUCAGUAAAGGAGAUGAUUACUGGAGUAACUACGACGAGCAGCUAUUAUCCGUCAGAGUCGAUUUCCGCAACUGCUUUGAUGACCAUACUCAUAAAAAUCAAAGAGGAGCAGUGUUUUUCUAAUGCUAUUCCUAUUCAUUCAAACUAAGCAACAUCGGGUGACUUUUGUGCUAAAAACACUUUCAUGUUAUAAUUUUUACAAUUCAUUGUUCAUGACUCAUGAGUUGUACUUGUAUGUGCAUAUUUUGAUUUGAGAGACAUGAUGCUACUACUUUCAUUCCUAAAUCUGCCUUCUUCCUGUUUUUUUGUAUACCAUAGUGAUUCUCAAGACAGAUUUGAUCCUAAGAACUGUUUUCUGUUUUAUAAAUAAACAUUUGAUGUGAGUUUUCUGUUUGAAAUCAGUUGCAAAUAGUUGUUUUAUGAAGAUGAGCAAAUGGCGUUUGAUCUGCCCCAACAAUCUUGUAAGCCACUAGCCGACAACAUAUAUUCUCUGUUUUGGCCAUGUCCAUGUUGACAAUGUUUAUAUGUUAAAAUUUUAUGGCACAUUAAAAUGAUGAUUUUGGUGAAUUUGAUGUUAAAAUCUAUCAAAAGCUUGAAGGAAAUGACCUAUUCGAAUCGAGAAGGAAAUUGAGAAGGAAGAAGAUUCCUACUAUUUUGAAAACAUAUUAUUUUAGGCAUUGUGGUUUUUCUCUCUAGGUUUCUACAAAUAAUAUAUAUCCAAUUAAACUUGUUAAUACGUGAACGAAAAAUAGUAGUAAUUAUCAUCAAUGUGUUAACCCAAUAUUUCUUCAAUGUUUUUUUGUCGGCAAACUUCUCUAAUUGAUCAAUCUGCAUGGUAAUAGUACUAUAUAGAUGAGUACUAUUUAUAAGCUUGAGUUCAUUAAAAGAAAAUAGGUUGAGACAGAGGAGUACUAUUUUCUCUUUGAAUUCAACUUCACAGGAGGCUGGAUUAUCUUCUUUUUUGGGGCUAUAAUAAACUUUUAACAGAGUGAAUUUUCUGUUUGAAAUCAGUUGAAACCAGUUAUGUUAUGCCCUUUAUUUUUUGUAUUGACAUCAUUGAACUUGAAUCAUAAUGCUGCUGGAACAAGAAGAAAAGAAAACUACUACAUCACCGUUUUCGCAUCCAUGACAAUUAAUCCAUGCAUUGUUGUUCAAACACAAAACACAAGUAUACAAAUUUUACAAGAAAAAACGGUCAUGUCAAGUGACAAAUCUAUGCCUUUUUAUCAGCAUGUGAUUUUAUGAUUGUCUGCACUAUUGUGAAUGUUCAUCAUUAUCAACUGCUUUUCUUUUUUUUUACAAAGA